AUGGACACUUUCCGGUACCAGCAGAUGAAAGGAGAGGACAACAGCGAUGAUUGCGAAGCAGAUGGGCAAGGGGAUCCGCCAUCUCUUAAAACCCAGCCCUGGAAUUGGCGUUCAAUCCUCACUGGAGCUGUGGUCGGCUUUGUACUGAGUUUCGGGGUCUUUCAAAUCACCACACUGCAUCUAAACGACUCAUGUACACGGAAAAUGUCAACUUGGUCACCGGCACUUGAGAUAUACGAUGAUACACUGUCACCCCAACGGUUUAAUGGUGCCCUUAGGGAGGGCAACGCGUAUCGUGGCCCUCCUAGUCAAGACAUCGAUGACGCCUGGGACAAGAUUCUCUAUCAUGGGGGAGCGCUGGUCCGCAUAUCCAGAGCGCAACUCCUCAAGAUCAAUGCAUCGGAAUAUGCAGCCGAGUAUACCCAGGAGAUGGGCGGUGGGUAUAUAGCGGGCAUAGAGGUGUUCCACCAAUUACACUGCGUGAAUAUGCUUCGAAAAGCGACAUAUAUGGAUUACUAUCUGCCAAGGAUGGACGAAUGGAAAGACCAACAAACGCUACGGUAUCAUUUAGAUCACUGCCUUGACAUGCUGCGUCAAAAACUUAUGUGUGACCCCGAUCUAGGCAUGGUGACAUAUGUAUGGGCCAAGGGAUGGAAGCAGCCAUUCCCUGACUUCAGCACCAUGCACAAGUGCCGGGACUAUACAAAGGUGCUUGAGUGGGCACGAGAAAACUACGUACACGGCAUAAACGUCGCAGAUAUUGAACGUGCUCCGGGGGCACUUGAGAGAGAUACCCGACCUUGA